AUGGCGUCGUUUCAGUGGGACCCGGCGUCGCUGCAGGCGACGCUGAACGACCCGGAGCUCCUGUUCAGCGCGUUCAAGCUCGCGGAUUCAGACGGCACCGGGGAAGUCACCGGCGCGCAGGCGGUGGCGUUCUUCGGAGGCAGCGGCUUGCCGAAGCACGAGCUGAGCGUCAUCUGGCGCGGCGCCACGGGCGGCGCGGCGACGAUGGCGCCGCAGGCGUUCCGAGAGGCGCUCGUCAUGGCCCAGGGCGCGCUCGAGCGAGGAGGAGGGGGACCGGGCGCGGGCGGCGGCGGCGGCGUCGCGCCGCCGACGCCGGAGGAGCUUCAAAAAUACUCGGGCCACUUCGCGGCGCUGGACGCGUCCGGGCGAGGCGCGAUCCCGCGCGAGGCCGCGGUGACGUUCUUGUGCAAGGCGAAGCUCCCGGAGUCGGACGUCCGGGAGAUCGUGAGCGCGUGCGCGGGGGGGUCGGACGUCGUGACGCGGGAGCAGUUUUGCACGUCGAUGCAUCGGACGUACGCAGCGAUCGGCGGUAAGGGGGGCGCGGCUGCCGGAGGCGCGGCGUCGCAGCGGUGGACGCCCGCGCCGGUGCCGCCGCCGCUCGGUCCCCCCGGCGGCGGAAUGGCGCCGCAGCCGCCGCCGUCGACGUCGUCGCAGAGCAACGGGUUCGGAGGCGACCAGGGCUCGGGCGGGUUCGGCGCCACCUUCGACGCGUUCCCGUUCGCGGACGGCGGCGGCGGCGGGGGGGGGUUCGGCGCGACCUUCGACGCGCCUCCGAGCCAACAGAGCGCGCAGUCGGAGAUCCAGCCCGCGGCGGCGCAGCCGCAGCCGCCGCAGCCGGCUCCGUCGGCGGCGCUCUCCGAGGACAUGUUCUCCAUUGGCGGCGGCGGCGGCGGCGGCGGCGGCGGGUUCGAGCCGUCGAGGAGCUCGUUCGACGCCGGCGGAGGAGGCUUCGGCGGUCCGCAAUCGUUCGGCGGUCCGUCGUCGUUCGCGGCGCCUCCGCAGAGCGCCGGCGGCGGUGCCGCCGGCGACUUUGGCAACUUCGGCAGCGAAGCGUCCGCGCCCGCCGCGCCGCCGCCGUUCGCCGCGGACUUUGGCGGCGGCGGCGGCGGGUUCCAAUCCGGAUUCGAAGCGCCGCCGCCGCGCGCGGACGCCGCCGCCGCAUCCGCCGCAUCCGCCGCCGCCGCAUCCGCCGCAUCCGCCGCCGCCGCCGCCGAGGCGGCGGCGGACGCCGAACGCGCGCGCGCCGCGGAGCAAGAGCGCGUGCGCCGAGCGAACGACGCCGCGCGCCGCGCGGAGGCGGAAGCCGCGGAGAUUCGCGCCAAGGCGGACGCGGACGCUCGCGAAGCGCGCGCGGCGGGCGACGCCGCCGUCCGACUCGAGGAACAAAAGCGCGCGGCCGCGGAGGCGGACGCGCGCGAAGCCCGCUCGCGCGCGGACUCGGAGGUGAUGCGCGCGGAGGCGGAAGCGCGCGACGCGCUCCAGACCGCCGAGGCGGAGACGCGCGCGGCGAACCUCGCCAAAGCCAAGGCUGACGACGAGGCGCGGUCGGCGCGCGCCAAGGCGGAGAACGACGUCCGCGCGGCGAAGGACGCCGCGCUCGCGGCGAAGCGCGAGGCGCGCGACGCGCAGGACGCCGCGACGCGCGCGAUCGCGUCCGCCGAGAGCGCGGAGGCGGACGUGGAGUCGGCGGAGUCGGAGCGCUUCGCGGCGAUCGAGGAGACGAAGCGCGCGAGAGAGACGAGAGCCGCCGCGGAGGCGCGCGCGCGCGCGGCUGCCGACGAGGCGGCGAAGAUUCGCGCGCAGACCGCGGCGGCGCAGGCGGAGACGAAGGCUGCGACAGCGCGGCUCGAGGCGGACGCGCGCGCGGCGGAGGCAGCGCUCGAGCGCGUCCGCGAUCAAGCCGCGGGGAUCGACGCCAACGUGAAGAAGGCGUCGGCGCACGCGAAAAACCGCGCGGGCGCCGCCGCCGCGGAGGCUGACGAGAUCAAGCGCGCGGCGGAUCAGAACGCCAAGGCGGCCAAGGCGCGCGCGGAGGCGGAGCUCGCGGAGGCGUUCGAGGCGCUCUCCGCCGCGAAGGCGGAGGCGGAGCGCCUUAAAAGGGAAGAGCUCACCGCGCGCGCGGAGCACGACGCGUUGGUGGCCUCCGUCAAGGCGCAAGUCGACGAGGCGAACGCCGACGUCGCCGUCGCGGCCGCGCCGGUGGACAAAAUCAAGGCGGACAUCGCGACCGCGACCGCUGAGCUGACGCAGAUCCGCGCGGCGCACGCGCACGCGUCCGCGGAGGCGACGCAGAGGCUCGUGGAGCUCUCCGUGGAGCUCGCCGACGCGGAGCAGCUGGUGAAGGAGCAGCGCGCGGCGCGAGAGGUGGCGCAAGAGAAGGAGGCGUCCGCGAUCGCCAAGACGCGCGGCGCGCUCGCGCAGGCGAAGGCGUCGCUCGAGAGCGAGAUGGAGCGCGGCGCGGCGGCGGUGAAGGCGGCGGAGACGGAGCUCGCGAGCCUGCGCGAGCGCGUCGUCGCGACGACGGCGGCGACGGAGGAGGCGAUCGCGGACGCCGCCGCCGCGGUUGAGGAUCACGACGUCGCGAUCGCCGCGGAGGAGGUGAAGCUCGCGGAUGCCAAGGCGAAAGAGGUGGACGCGAGAGCGACGCUGAAGGACGUGCGAGCCAAUCUGAAGGCGGACCUCGACAAGCUCGUCGCGGUCAGGGUCGUCGCGGUGGCGAAGGCGGCGGAGGAGGCGGCGAAAGCCGCGGAGGUUUCGGCGGACGCCGCGGAGCGCCGCGCCGCCGCGGAGAAGGAGCUCCUCGUCGCGGAGGAGACGCUGGAGAAGACGCGCGAGAGCAUCCGCGCGGCGAAGGCGGCGGACGACGCCAAGCUCGCGGAGCUUCAUCAGCAGCUCGCGGAUCUCCGCGCGACGCUCGAGGUGGAGGCGAAGCUCGAGGAGGCGGAGCGAGAGAAGCGCGCGCUGAAGCUCGCCAACGACGUCGCGGAGGUUUCCGCGUGGGCGUCCAAGCUCGACGGCGAACGCGCCGCGCGGGCCUCCGCCGCCGCCGUCGUGGACGCGAAGGAACGCCGCGCGCGCGAUCAGAUCGCGCGGGAUAAGGCGGAGAUCGUCGCGAGCGCCAAGGCGUGCGAAGAAGCGGACGGGAUCGCGCACCUCGCGUCCAUCGCGCGCGCCGCGAUACUGAAGCACGUCGAGGCUGAGACGACAGAGUUGAGGAAAAAACUCGCCGCGGAGAAUCGCCGCGUCGACGGCGAGCGCGCGGCGGUGGAGGAAGAUCUCGCGCUUCGCGAGGCUGCGCUCGCGGCGGAGCAGACGAAGCUCUCCGCGGCGCUGGAACGCCUCCGGUUCACGCGCCCGAGGGAGGCUGCGGCGGCGAAGCAGGUGAAGACGUUGGAGGACGCGAGGGACAAGGCGGAGAAGGACCGCCUCGACGCGGAGGCGCGCGAAGCCGCGGCGCGCGCGUCGGUGACGAAAAACCUCGCCGCGCUGCGUUCGCUCGCGGCGGCCGUCGCGCGCGCGACGUCGGAGGCGAACGACGCGAGGGUCAACGCCGCGGAGGCGGAGCAGCAGGCGGCGGCGAACGCGGCGGCGGUGCAUCGAUCGAGGGCGGCGGCUGGCGAGGAAAAGGCGCGGGAGGCGGCGGAGAAAGCCGCGCGGGAGCGCAUCGCCGCGGCCAAGGCGGAGGCGUCGCGGAUCAUCGCCGCGCGGCACACGCCGGGCGGGACGGCGCUCCCGGACUCCGCGAACAGCACGCCGAUCGCGGGCGAGAGGGCGUCGGCGACGAGGCCAGGGUACCAGCCGAGGGCGUUCGCCGCGACGGCGAGCGCGCCCGCGUCGGCGGCGCCGGCGGAGGAGAAGAGGCCGCCGGCGGAGGCGGAGGUGGAGGCGGCGCGCGCGGAGACGCUAAAGCCGAAACCCGUCCCGGUCGCGUCGGAGACGCCAAAGCCGAAACCCGUCCCGGUCGCGUCGGAGACGCCCAGCGCGACGCCCGCGGCGACGCUGGACUUCGCGGACACGCCGGAUGAACGACGCGCGACGGCGUCGAAAGAGGCGAAGAACCUCACCGAGGCGCUGUUCAGCGCGGGGAAAGAGACGUCCGCGUUCGACGCCGACUUUGACGACCCGCCGGCGGCGGAGGAGGCGCCGGCGAAGGAGAACGAAGCAGAAGAGGCCGAGAAGAAGGACGCGGCGACGGCGGCGACGGCGGCGACGGCCGCGACGGCAGCGACGGCGACCGCGGGCUUCGCCGCGUUCGAAUCCACGGACGGCGACGGGUUCGCGUCUUUCGGCGACGACGACGCGUCCGGCGGGUUCGCGUCUUUCGACGCGAAGUUCGACGACCCCGCGCCGGCGCCCGCCGCCGCGGAGGGCGGGUUCGCGUCUUUCGACGCGAAAUUCGACGACCCCGCGCCGGCGCCCGCCGCCGCGGAGGGCGGGUUCGCGUCGUUCGACGCGAAAUUCGACGACCCCGCGCCCGCGCCCGCGCCCGUCGCGUCGGAGGGCGGGUUCACGUCGUUCGACGCCCCGGACGCGAAGGCGGACCCGUUCGCGUCCUUCGACGCCGCGCCGGCUCCCGCCGGCGGCGCGUUCGCCGCGUUCGACGCGCCAAAGUCUGAGAUUGAACCCGCGGCGGUCUCCGCGACGGCGAGCUUCGCCUCCUUCGACGACUCCGACGCGAACGCGAACGCGAACGACGGGUUCGCGUCCUUCGACGCGAAGUUUGAAGAAACGCCCACCGACGCGAACGCGAACGACGGGUUUGCGUCCUUCGACGCGAAUUUUGAAGAAACGCCCGCGCAGGGUGCGUUUUCACCCGCCGCGCGAGAGCCGACGUACGACAGCGACGGCGUCGAAGAUUUCGCGACGAGCUCGGACGACGACGAGGAGCGCUCCGCCGCGGCUCCCCCACCCGCCGCCGCCGCCGCGCCCGCGGCCGCGCCGCCAGCCAUCCCAGCGAUGACGCCCGCCGAGCGCGAGCAAGCGUCCGUCGCGUACGCGCGGUUCACGGACUCUGGCGAGGUUGAACGCGCCGGCGACGGACGCAUGUCCGGCGCUUCUCUCGUGGAGGUUACUAAAAACGCGGGGCUCGACCAGACCGACAUGAGCGCGAUAUGGUCGCUGACCGUGCCGCCGGGCGCGUCCGGGCUCGCGCUCGACGACUUCUGUCUGUUCAUGCACUUGCUGAGGCACAGGGUGAACGGGGGGGAUCUGCCGGGGGCGUUGACCGGGGAGGAGCGCGCGAGGCUUCUCGGCGGCGACAGCGGAUUCGGCGGCGGCGCGGCGACGACGACGACGCCGGCGGCGGGACCGCAGUUCGUCCGCGCCUUAACCCCCGACGAGCGCGCGUCGCUCGCGUCCGCGCACGCGUCUCACGUCGCGCCCGGCGCGGAUGGCAUGACGGGCGCGACGCUCGUCGAGCUCACCUCGGACGCCGGGCUGGACAAGUCGGACAUGGCGAAGACGUGGUCGCUCGCGUCGCGCGCCGGGCGGUCGACGUUGGACGCGGACGACUACGCGCUGUUCAUGCACCUUCUGAACCACAGAGUCGCCGGCGGCGAGCUCCCGGGUGGGCCGAUGUCUUCGGGCGAGCGCGCGCGCAUCUUAGGCGAUGAUGAUGCGACGGUUGACGUUCCGUCUUCCACGCUCGACGCGGACGCGGCGGACCAGUUGGCGGCGAUGGGGUUCGAGCCGAGCGCCGUCCGCCGCGCGUUGGCGCGGUUCGACGGCGACGCGGAGAAGGCUGCGGAUUUCCUCGCGGCCGGCGGCGGCGCGGGGACGGCGCCGUCGUCGCCGUCGGCGUCCGUCGAGGAGCUCCCGGCGGCGGCGGAAGACGGAACGUCGUUCGGCGCGGCGGGCGGCGCCGGCGGCGGCGCCGGCGGCGUGCGACUCGUCGUGAAGCGCGUCGGCGGAAUAAAAGACGCGUCCAAGUUGCAGCAGCUAAACGUGCGCGUGACGCUCUGCGACGGAAACGGCGCGGCGCUCGCGGCGCCGCGGACGAUGCUCUCGAACGGCGCGCGCGGGGACGAGGUGCACUUCAACAGUGGGAACCACGUCGACUUCGAGACGCUGCGCUUCGGCGAGGCGAAUCCGCCCGGUUUGCGGAUCAUCUGCGAGCUGCGGCACUUCAAGGCGAAGGAGAAAAAGAUGAGCGUCAAGUGCUGGGCGUUCAUCCCCGCCGAGGUGAUCGAGCCGGGCGGCAACGUCGGGUUCGCGACGAUGACGAAGCCGACGGACGCGAAGUUGAAGCACGAUAUGAUAAGAGCGACGCACAGACACAGAUCCUCGCGCGCGACCACCGCGCGCAUGGCUCACGCGGUCGAUUUCGGCGUCGUCGCGACGCGGACCGCGCGCCACGCGCGAUGCCGCCUCGCGACGGCGGCGUCGCCCGCGCUCGCUCGCGCGCGCGCGACGACGCCGACCGACGGUAGCCGUCGUCGUCGCUCGGUAUCAUCAUCAUCGUCGUCGUCGUCGCCAUCGUCGCGACGCCUCCGAUCGCGUCGCGUCGUCGCGCGCGCCGGCGAAGACGACCCCGCCGCCCCAACCCCCGCCCCCCUCGACGACCUCGAAGACGUCGUCGAGGUCGAGAACGUGGACCCGAUGACGUUCAUCACGACGAGCACCGCGUUCUACGUUCUCAUGGGCGUCGGCUCGCAAGUCGCCGCGUCGUUCCUCGGCGUCCACCCGGACGUCCUCGACGCGAUGCGCGCGUGCAACGUCGACCAGGCGUCGCUGUGGACGCUCCCGCUCCUGGGCACGCUCGCGUUCGCGAUCACGCAGGACGAGAAGUACGAGUGGCUCGGCGAGGUGCGCGAUAUCUUCAAAGCUGGCGUGCUCCCGUCCAUCGCGCCGCUCGGCCUUCCCGGCGUCUUGGCGCUGUCGCUCGGCGCCGGCGUCGGCGAGGAGGCCUUCUUCCGCGGGUUUCUGAUGCCGUUCGCGGACGGGAAGCUGCUCGAGCUCGGCGCGCCCGCGGAGGCGUCGUCCGCGCUCGUCCUCGCGUCCACGAGCGUGUUCUUCGGCGCGCUGCACGCCAUCACGCCGGCGUACUUUUACUGGGCCACGGGCGCGGGCGCGCUGUUCGGUCUGGAGUACGUGCGGGACGGGUUGGGGACCGCGGCGUUCACGCACACGCUGUACGACUUCUUAGCGUUCGGGUUUAUUUUGAUCAAGUGGGGGCCGCAGAGCGAGGAGAAGAGCGAAGCGAGCGAGCGGUCGUAG